AUGCUUUGUAGUAGGUUGAAAGAGGCAGUGCAAUACAUUGUAGCAGAAAAUCAAGCUGCCUUUGUCCAAGGAAGAUCAAUGGUACAUAACAUACUCGUUUGUCAUGACCUAUUGAGGCAUUACAAUAGGAAGACUACUCCAAGGUGUUUAAUGAAGAUAGACCUUAGGAAAGCUUAUGAUAUGGUGAGCUGGGAAUUUCUAGAAGAAGCUCUAGUGGGUUUUGGAUUUCCAAUCAAGUUUAUUAGGUUGAUCAUAGCUUGUGUAACAACCCCAAAGUUCACUAUCAAACUCAAUGGAGAGGGAUUUGGUUAUUUUGAAGGGAAAAGAGGUUUGAGGCAGGGAGAUCCUGUUUCACCAUUACUAUUUGUUUUAGUGAUGGAGUAUUUGUCAAGAGUUCUUAAAACAAUGAGUAUGUUGCUAGACUUUAAGUUUCAUCCUAUGUGUAAAAGCCUCAAAUUGAAUCAUCUCAUUUUUGCUGAUGAUUUAAUGAUUUUCUACAAAGGUGAAGUAAAGUCAGUAUCUAGAGUGAAAGAGGCCUUAGCACAUUUUAGUGCAACUACUGGACUUGUAGCCAAUAUGGACAAAUCUUGUUUGUUUUUGGCUGGAAUGGAUGAUGCUGAGAAGAAUCAGUUGCUGAACUUGACUGGGUUUGCUAAGGGAGAAUUCCCAAUCAGAUACCUCGGCUUGCCACUAUCAGCAAAGAAAUGGAUACAUAGUUUUUGGGGGUCUGUGUUCAUACUGCCACAAAGUAUUGUUAAAGAGGUAGACAGAUUAUGCAGAGAUUAUCUAUGGGGCAGCAAAAGUGAGAAGAGGAAAAUCCCACUUGUAUCUUGGGAGACAGUGUGUUUUCCUAAGAAACUAGGAGGCCUAAAUGUUAAGGGAUGUGGCACUUGGAAUGUAGCUUCAGUGGGGAAACUUCUGUGGCAGUUAGCUCUGAAUAAGGAGUCUCUAUGGAUGAAAUGGGUACACGGGAUAUACAUUAAAACAGAUACAAUUUGGAGGCAUAAAGCUCCACUGGACAGCAGCUGGUACUGGAGGAAAAUUAAUGCACUGAAGGACAGAAUGCAACACUGGUAUAGGCAAGGGCAAUACUUGUUAGCUGGAAAUGGGAAGUACUCUAUAUCGAGGAGUUAUCUGGAUUUAAUUGGUACUAGAACUAAGUGGGAGACUGCAGAACUUAUAUGGAAUUCGGUAUCACCUCCUAAGCAUAGAUUUAUAAUGUGGCUUGCUGUCCAACAAAGGCUGCUUACCAAAGCAAGACUAUUGCACUUACAUAUCCCUAUAGAGGAUGCAAGUUGCUGUCUAUGCCAGGAACAGGUGGUGGAAACUAGUCAGCAUCUUUUUGUUGAUUGUAUGUUUGCUACUGCUGUGCGGAAAGAAGUGAUGCAGUGGUCGAACAUAUGCAUGCCUGCUGGGGAUUUGAAGAUAAUAUUGAGAUUAAUAAAGCACAAACACUGGAAAAGAUUUAAGAAGGAUGUAGUGGCUGCUUUGUGGGGCGCAAUGAUUUACCAUAUAUGGAAAGCAAGGAAUUGGAGACAAUUUAAAGGAAGGAAUGUACAGUAUAGUGACAUAUGUGGGACCAAAAUUAUCACUAAGAAUGUAUGCCAGCAUACUCGAUUGCUUUACAUUACUGGGGCAGAGAUAUGUUUGCUCCUCAACUUGCUGCUGAUUGAAUCAGGAGGUAUUCGGGAUCUUGUUGACCAAAUUUCCAAAUUAUGCAAGACUUCUUUAUCUUAUUUGAAAGAUAUUGUGGGAAUAAAUACUCAUUUAGAGGGAGUAAAAUUCCUGCUACAGAUGGAAAUCAAGGAUGUUCGGAUUGUGGGGAUCUGGGGAAUGGGCGGAGUCAGUAAAACGACAAUAGCAAGAGCCAUUUUUAAUACUCAUUCUUAUAAAUUUGAAGCUGCUUCUUUUCUUGCGGAUAUUAAAGAAAAUGAAAAUAAAAAGAAUCAACUACAUUCUUUACAAAAUACCCUUCUCUCUGAACUGUGCAGAAGAAAAGAUGAUAACGCCAAUAAUAAGUAUGAUGGGAAGGAUAAAAUUCAUAGCAGACUUCAUUCUAUGAAGGUGAUAAUAGUGCUUGAUGACAUAGAUGAAAGAGAUCAUUUUGAGUAUUUAGCAGGUGAUGCUGGUUGGUUUGCUAAUGGUAGCAUAGUUGUUGUAACAACUAGAAAUAGAGAUCUGAUAAAAAAUGUUGAUGCAAUAUAUGAAGUGAAGCUAUUGCCUGGUCAUGAAGCUACACAAUUGUUCUAUUAG